CUUUUAUUUUGGUCUGGUGAUGUGACGUCAUGACUCUGCGCCGCAUUCAUGCAUCUGUUGUGAUUCGCCUGUAAAAAGAAAAACUCCUGGAGAAGCAGCUGAGAUCCUCACGACAAACUAUUAUAAAGAUGGCGUUUAUUAAAGAGGAAAGUGAAGAUAUAGAGAUUGAAGAAGCAUUCAGCGUAAAACAUGAAGAUACUGAGCAACAAACAGUGUUUGGUCAUCAGAUGCUUCCAUACGAAUUGGCUGUUCAUCACGGCUGCUUCUUCUCUCAAACCUCGACUGAUUACUCAUUCACAAUGUACAAUGGACUACUUGCACAACUACUUCUGUGUUCUACUCAUUACAGCUCGAGGGUUUCUGGUCAGCGUUCAGCGCACUUAUAUACAGAGAGCUUCUUGUGAAAAUGCAGAUUAUUCAUAUGGUUUAGGGCUGGCAAAUGUUUUGUAAACAAUUAAUUAUAUUUUCUGCAUUAACAUUAAUUAUCUUCAACCUGCUGAAAUGUUUAUUAAUGUAUUUCGCUUCCAAAUGCGCAUUCUGAAUAAUAAAUAAAUAUAUUUCCCCACUAACCUGCCGCCGUCAAGUGCUCGUCUUGUCAUUAGCAGUGUUUCCUUUCGAAAGGGAACUCAACUCUGCGUUGGAAUACGCAAUGGGAGGGAACGUCACGUGACCCAGGUGUCUGAAAGCCAACUAUCCAAUAAUUCCAAUCCCUAUUGGCCGGCGACAGCCUAUGACGUAAUAUGGCGCGACCCGGAGUAUAAAGGAGCGCCUGAGGAAACAGUCAGCAUCUCAUCGUCUUUCGGUCCUGUUCUGUCUGAUUUCGACUAUAUCGACUCCAGUAAGGUUUUUAUAUAUGCCUUACAAACGUUCAAGAGAGUGUGUUUAUCCAUGUCCCAGGGUUUGACACUUGAUAUACACAUUUUUCUGGACGUUUUCUGUCUGGAGAGGAGCACGCAUAGACAGUGCUUGAGGGCGCUGUCUGUUGUUUACUGUGAGCCUCUUCCUAUCGGGACGCUCCGUUCUCGUUUGGCACUCUUCCUGAGGGAAGAGGUGUCUGCAUCUGUGCCUGGUGAUUCUGGCCCCAUUUGUGCUGAGGCAUAGCGGUGGCUGCCAUCAUAGGGAUCGCAGAUGAGCUCGUUGGGAGGUUUGAGAGAAUUGUAUUCUCUCUCUCUAACUUUCCCGGGGCUGACGAGAACGAGUGGAUGAUGAUGACGUUCGUGUUUGACGUCAUAGCAUUCGGCGAGCGCUCCUCUGGCUUGUGUAUGUGAGCUACUGUGUGUUUGGGACGCCAGGCCGCAGGAGGGUCUAUAUUUUAUGUGUUUAAAAUAAGACCUUAUUUUCCUGUAUAGUUUUCUGAGCAUGUAGUCGGAAAAAUUAGGUUUUUUUUGGGCAAACUGAAGUUGAUAGACUGGCUAGAGUAUAUGUUGUUCAGGCCACAAAAUGGCCGCCUCUUAGCCACCUGUUUAGAGUAGCUUCUCAUCUGCUGUUUUCUAGAGUAGUUUGAGUUAGCACUCGUCACUUCAGUUAAUAUGUAUGUUUAGGUCGGCCUUAAUCAGCCGCCUGACAUUGUUUGCUUGUGAGCUUCGCUUUCUUUCUUUUAUCCAUGUGAUUUGGAGGUGAAACCCAGGCUUCACUAGGCUUGUGGCCCUGUAAGAAGGCCCGUAGCUUAGCGGCCAGGCUAGAGCUAGGUUAGUUGUGUUAUUUACAUAUAACCCUAUGUAUACUAUCCCUUGUCAGGUUGUAUAGUUCCUAGUUCUGGCCACCUCCCGAGGGAGUUGUUAGGCCGUAUGCCCAUUAUCCCCUUGCUAUGUAGGUGCAAUUGUUGAGUUUAACAGCUAGGUUGUAGACUGUUUUUUAGACUCCCUGAUGCUGUUAUCUCAGGUGGUAGGCCCUUAUCUUUGCGUAGAUAAGUUCAUGCUGUGUGUGCAAGGCCCCACUCUCUAGAACUUUUAUGCUAUGGAAAAUGUGUUUUUUCCUCUGAGCUACUUGCUCUUUUAUCAAGUUUGAGUUGGCGUUGCUUGUGUUUAGCAUCUGUCCUCUAUGGCUCAGUACAGAUUUGAUAAUCUGUAGGGAGAAAAUAAUUUUCCUCUUUGAAAAUAGCAUAUACAUCAAAGUGUUGUGUUUGCUUUGAAGUUCUAGACUUUUGACCUACAUUAUAUGUGAGCUUACUUAUGCUGCCACAGGUUAGCACCUGUUCUCAUAAUAGCAGGCUUUUUCAUGUAGCCGCUAUUGGAGACCUUGGUGACCUAAUAUUCCCCAUUUGUAGGUUUAUUGGUGUUACUGAGUGCAUGACCUGUUGGAUUGCAUACUCAGGGUAGUAUAGAACCACUUUUUGAGAAAAGCUGGUUUCUAUUAGCUCCCUUUUUGUGAUCUUGUUAACAGCUAUAUUGCAUAUAACUUUGAUUGUAGGCUCUUAUGGUUAAUUAGCCUCCUUCUAGUUUGCCUCCUUUUUAGCUGACUUGUUGGCAGGAUCCCUGGGAAUCCGAGAACCCAUACCACCAUCAGCCACGUCCCACCUCUGUUGAGUAGGCCUUAAGCAGGCCUCUCGUGGAGUAUGGCAGCGUAAUAUGCAUUCCUUCUCUAAGAAGUUCGUGACAGGUUUUCCACUGAAUGCAUGGCCUGACGGUUGAUAUGGUCUUGGACUGGCUGAUGCCACAUGUUUACUAUGGUAGGCCCUAAUAAGGCCUCCUUUUUAGUUUACAUGUUGGCACAGUGUGUGUUAUAUGGACAAACAGGCUGAAUGCCACUUGUUGCUGAGAUUGUAGGCCCUAUAGGCCUCCUUUUUAGCUGACAUAUUGGCAGGAUGCUUGUGAAUCCAAUACCACCAUCGGCCACGCCCCACCUCUGUUGAGUAGGCCUUAAGCAGGCCUCUCUUGGAGUAUGUGGCGUAAUAUACACUCCUUUUAGAAACUAAAUCUUUGAAUGCAUGGCCUAAUGGUUGGUAUUGUUAUGGUCGCCACCUGCUGAUGCCACGUGUUUACUAAGGUUUUCCUGCUUUUGUUUACCUGCGUAGCAUGUUGGAGUUCAGUUAUGUACUCCUCUCGCUUUGAGAGUAAAAAGGUGCUUUUUCCGAGUACUGUUCUGAGUGGCUGACUUCUCAGGGUGAGUUCUGGUGGUAAAACCUAACUGAGGUUUGGUUAUAACUACAUCAGCCUCCUUGAGUCUGGGUGGAUUGUCAUGUGGGCACUUUACAGUUUAACUACUGUCAUUGAGUCAUAUGUCCUGCUCCUAGCAAGACAGGUGUUCAAGGUGGCCCUCACAAGCCACCAUUGAAUGUCCUUCUAUGAUUAUGUGCCCACAGUAUGGUCUACCUGCUAGGUUGAGCUUUGAACUUCCCUGUUAGGGUUGUUUGUGUAAUAGUGCUUAGCUCCCUAAGCUGAUCAUGGGUUGUAGGCUUCCAUGAGGCCUCCUCCUGAGGUUCAGCCCUAGGCUGGUUUGUGCUCCCCUGUAUCAGGGUUUCUAGUGCACAGUCUGUUUUUACUCUACAGUUGCUGAACGGCACUUGUUGCUGAAAUUGUAGGCCCCACUAGGCCUACUUUUUAGUUGAUUUGUUGGCAGGAUGCUUUCGAAAAAACCUGACCACCUUAAAAAAGCCAUGCCCCACCUCUGAGGCCCUAAUCAGGCCUGUUCACGUUGGGUGGCAGCGUUCUAUGUAUUUCUUCUGAGGAAGUUUCAAUACUAAAUACAUGGCUUUUGGGUGGACUGGUUAUGGCAGCCCCUUGCUGAUGCCAUAUGUUUACUAAGGUAGGCCUCUUCUCGCUGUGAGAAUUUAUGGUGCUUUUCCGAGUACUUUGAGUGGCUAGCCCCUCAGGGUGUAUGCUGUGGUGAAACCUUACUGAGGUUUGGUUUGAACUGCAUCCGUCUCCCUGAGCCUGAUCUUACGCUAGUUGAGCUAAUAGCCACCUACAGUGGCAUGAAAAAAGUAUGUGAACCACUUGCAGAAUCUGUGAAAAUGUGAAUAUUUUUAAUAACAUAAGUGAGAUCAUACAAAAUACAUGUUAUUUUUUAUUUAGUACUGUCCUGAGUAAGAUUUUACAUAAAAGAUGAUUACAUUUAGUUCACAAGACAAAACAAUAGCUGAAUUUAUUAAAAUAACCCCAUUCAAAAGUUUGUGAUUGAUUCUCAAUACAGUGUGUGGUUACCUGUGUGUGACAGGUGUUCAGGGUGGCCCCUCCAGGACACUUUCUGAAUAUACUUCUGUAUCAUAUUCAGUUACUUUCAUGCUGUAGGCCCUCUUGGCCUCCAUGAGUAUGUGCCCAUUGCAUGGUCUACCUGUUAGGUGAGUUUUGUACUUCCCUUUCGGGUUAUGUAUGUAAGGGUGCUUUCACACCUGCCUCAUUUAGUUCGGUUGAAUCGUACUAGAGUUCGUUUCCCCCUUUGGUGCGGUUCGUUUGGGCAGGUGUGAAAGCAGCAAUCGCACUCGGGUGCGCACCAAAAGCGGACCAAAUAAGCGUACCGAGACCUGCUUGAAGAGGUGGUCUCGGUACGCUUUCAAACGAACUCUGGAGCGGUUCGUUUGUGGUGAGAACGUGAUCCAACCUCGAACAGACCCAACUGCAAAAAGUACUGAUCAUUUUUGGACUAAACCAGCUGCCGUAGUCAGCUGCGCUAUGCAUUAUGGGAUGAGGAAGUGUUUGUUGACAGUUUGCACUUUAGCAUGGCAGCUCGCGGACAAACUUGGAGUUGUGAGGAGGUGCGGAGCCUCAUAGAAAUUUGGACUGAUGACCAUAUUAGGUCCCAACUUUCGAAAACUCAUAAGAACAGCGCGAUCCUCUCAUUGUUUAGCAAACAACUCAGGGAAAGGGGGUUUGAUAGAUCUGUGGAACAGUGCCGGGUUAAGGUAAAGAAGCUCCGCCAGCAGUACAUCCAAGUGCGGGAUGCACUUAAUAAAACGGGCAGCUCGGGUAAGGAGAAAGACAAGUUCCCCUGGUAUGAUGACCUCGAUAAUAUACUUGGGACAAAACCCGACGUCGAUCCGGUGGAUGUCGUUGAGUCCCAUGAAAGUUCAACAUUGUCCGCUUCCAGUGAUGCUAUUGAUGCUAGCACUGUUGACCAAGCUACCGCAUCUAAUACCGAUGUUGACGUGGGAGAUUCAAGCAACAUAUCCUCUGAUGUAGAUGUCACAAACACCGUUGCUGAUGCAGGAGUGUCUGAUGAUCCAAGUACAGAGAGCAGUGCCAAUGAAGAAGGCAUCAUAGGAGAAAGACUGCCCAUUCCUGGAGCCAAAGCUCGAAAAAGAAAGAUAAAGUCUUGCAAAGCUGAUGUUGACAUCCAGGCAUAUAUGAUGGACAACAAAACGAUGCUGACAGAACUGCAUAGAGCUGAACAGAGCCAGGUGGCUCAAGAAGCUGCCUGUUUUGAGAGAAUAUUGAAGGCACAACAGGAGGCUGAGGAGAGAAGAUUCCAGGUGAUGCAGGCACAGCAACAGGCCACUAACCAGAUGUUUCUGCAACUAAUGGGCACUCUAGCAAGUGCACUGAAUCCUGGUCAGCCUCCACCUCAUUCCUCAACAAUGCCAGCCUGGACCACGACACCCCCACCAACAUCAAUCCCUAGUGCUUGGUCCUUGCCCCACCUGUUUCAGCCAACUGCCCUGCUGCCAAUGAAUGAUCCACAUCACCACCGGCAAUCAGAAUCUCCAUCCACCCAAGAAGAACAUCCUAGCACUUCAUCCAUUAUACAUGACAUUAAUAGUACAUACUACUACAAGAUGUAGUUUUUUUUUGUUUUUUUUUUUUUUUUGCUUUUUGAAUUGUUCUGGAAGAAAUUAAUGUUCUGUUUAGUGUUCUGAAGAAUAUACUUAAAGCAGAAAUGACAACCCUGUGUUGUGUUUACUUUUCCCAGAAAUAUGCUACCUCAUUUGCAUUACCUCUGGAGUACACGAGUAGAAUAUAUAAUUUAAAGUAAAAAGAGGACUUUUUUUUUCUAAUCAAUGUUUUUGUAGCCAACAUUUAUGGCAAAGUUGCAUUUGUCUGAAGUUAAACAGGCAAGUUUGGUGUUAAGAAUGUUCUAUUUUUUAAGAACUGUGAUUGUGUUUACAUGUAUAACAUGGCUAGUCCAGUGGCCUAGAAACUGUUAGCAGGCAGUUGAAGGACUAGCUGGAGGCAAAGCUCCCUAAGACCACCACUUACGCACUGAAAUAAUGGCAUAGUGCCUUUAGCUUACUGUUUAUGUGUGGUCUUUCGCAUGGGAGAUCGAGGUUCAAAUUACAAGCACUAUGUUACCUAAUGUUCAUUUUUAUUGUAAUUUCAGACAAUGUACCAGACACAUAGCACUGUUGAAAAAAGACAUUUUAAUUUCAAAAUGGAAAAAAGGUGUUCAGACGUGUCAACUUUACAUUUGUUACAAAUAAAACAGAAAAUAAAACCUUUUAAAGCAAAA